AUGGUCUCCAAGUUUUUGGAUGAGGAAUCUCAGGCUUGGGAAGAGGAGAUGGUUUUCUUGGUGUCUCCUGACUGUUUGGGGGCAUAUCUCUCUGUUAAAGAUCCUCUUCCACAAGCUUGUUAUUGCCCUGCCUUCAUCCUGCUGUUAUGGCUUGUGAUUCUGGGAGAAGCAAAGAAGUCAUUUCUCAGUGUUCUGAAUAGAGCAAACACUGUACUAUUUUUCACAAAGACUGAAGAAAUGGUCAUCAGAAGAUCAAGUUAAGGAGCUAAGUGGCCAAACUCCAGCGUCUUUUUGCGAUUAGAUGAUCUUAAACUGCUGCAAGUGGUGACUGUGACACCUGUCAUCAGAAACCUCAUGACAGGUGAAGAUGGCGACACAAGUUUGACCGCACUGUGGGAUUCUGAAGGUAGGCAAGAGAGACUCCUUCAAGAAGUGAUGUUAAAGUCUAAAAGUGCCUAAACAAAGCGAAGAUGGUCUUCAAGGCAUCAAUGCAUAUUGAUUAAAAUACCCUAGUGCUUAUUUGACCAAAGUGCACUUGGUUGCAAUAUUGAAUUGCAGAUGUUUCAAACUGUAUGGAAGACUCCUUUGCCAGUAAUUCUUGGCAAAUUGGGACAGUUACACAAUUUUUUUCUUAGGCCAUUUUGUGAAUUUCUUUGGACAGGGAUUAUGGUAUUAUAAGAGGCACAACAUUCUUUUGGGUUUGUAAUGACCUACACAUGCCCAGGAUGAUUGGGGUCUGGUUCUCUGUCGCUUCUAGAAAGAGAUCUCAUUUUGGUCAUUUUGAGAACUUCAAUGUUAUUGGCCCUGAUAAUGAUACUUGCCAGCUCCUAUAUAUGUAGUAGGCUGUUACGGUUAUCAGGUACACUUCAUAUUGCUGUUUCUAAAAUUACAUCCACACUCCUUUUCACCAUUCUAACAUCAGUUGGAAUAGUCAUCAAGUGUAGCAUACCUGAAAAAGCGAACUUCCUGGAGAGAAUAAUUAGACCGAGUCUUAUUUUAAUGUUUGUGUGGAUUUAUUUGACUUUCAGACUGUUUCUAAAAAUAACCUAGAGGAGCUCUCAUUGGGUUCCUGCUUUGGGUUUGUUGUUUGGGUACAACUUUGCUAAAAUUUCUGUGCUGCCACCUCUUGUUUGCAAAAUCGUUGCUAUUGAAAGUGGGAUACUAGUUUCUUAGCCCUUGCCAUUAUUCAAUUCUUCUUCACAGCCCAAGGCAGACUUAGCUUCUGUGGCUCCUUUUAUAGUGGUCGUGUAUUCUGGAUGUGAAAUGUUACUGAUCCUUCCGCUUAGCAAGGCUAAGAAAAGAUGUAUCCUUAUCAUAGAAGAUAAAAGGAAAAAGAAGUCCCCUGGCCUAACAAAGCAUUACUGAAUCCCGCUCUGAAUGAGGUACUGUGGGAGAUUCAAAGAAUACCAAAAAAAUGAUGCCUAUUUUCGGUUCACUACAGACCAUUAAAUGUACAGAAAUUCAGAGGAAGGUGCUCAUUUUUCAAACAUAUUGGUUUGGAAAUGAUUUAUAGAGUUGGAUUUGAAUAGGAUACUUUAUUAUGGUCUCAUAAACAGGGAAAUGCAAUAAGAAAAUAUUUCUUCUGUAGUGAUUGUGAUGUAUCCCAAGUAUUUAUGGAAGGGAUCUCCAUAUAAUAGACCGGCAGUAAAUGCUGACUCCAUGAAUGAAUAUGUAAAUUCCUAUCUGGGUCUCUCAUUGGCUCGUCAGAAUCAAUAUGUCUUAAACAUAGCAUCUCUGCUUGCAUAACUUUACUUGUCUUGUCUCCUACAUCUUCCACUCAAGACGUUACCAUUUACCCUGAAACACAGGUCAUCUCUUCCUCUUCUCCUUUUUUCCUUCAUUCUUGCCUUUUUAGUCAAAUUAUUUCCCACAGAAAGUUUCCUGUAAUAACUUUUCAUCAAUCUCCUCUUCAUUCCCAGUCAUAACACCUUUGUUUUGUCCAAGGUUGUUGCUUCCCUAAACCUGAACUGGCGUUUGGCCCUUCGGUCCACUCUCCAUUCACUGUCAGAUUAAUCUUAAAAUCUAACUUUGAUCAUGUACCUUCUCUGCUACAAGCUUUUUUUUGCCUUUUGAAUAAAGUUUGUAUUCCUUAGUGAGGCGUUGAUUAUACUCCCCGACUUCACUCUCCCUUUCCAGUUUUAUCUCCCUUCCCACUUCUUACACACCGCCGCAAACUGGAUGACAUGGCGUCUCAUGAAUAGGCCUUUGUUCAUGCUCCUCCUGUAACCAACAAGGGGGCCCACCGCCUGUCUCAACUUUGACGGCUCUGCUGACCUGCCUCCAGUAUCACCCCUGCUGUGAAGCUUUUGUGAAUUGCACUUGCGAACCUAGUGAAACCAACAACCAACAUAGUGAAAUUUUCUCUAAAUUUUCCUCACAAUUGUUUGUAUAUCAUAUUUAGCCAGCUUGGCUUGUUUUACAGCGGUUUGUUUUCCUGCCAUAUUCUGUUUUGCUAUAAAUCCUUGAACAUGAGAAGUACAAACAUAAUAUAUAAACAUGAUAGUAUAAACAAUAUUCAGUUUGAUACUCCCCAUGUCUAGCACAUUUCCUGUGUGCUUAUUCAAAUAAAGGGCUGGAGUCCAGACUAGGCCCAAAUGAAUGGCGUGCUUCUUUUAUAACAGUUCUGAAUUUUCAGUGCAAUUUCUAGUAUCUAGUUUGUUUGUACUCCUCUUCAAAGAUAGUGUGGGCAUCAAUAAUGAGAAUUAUUUAUCUAAUCCUGCUCCUCACAUCUAGCCCUGUAGUAGGCAAAUUAAUCUUCUUACAGUCCAGUUUCCUCGCCUAAAAAUUAGAGACGGAAAUGUGAAUUCUGUCAGAUCUUGUGCAAAUUGUCAACUAAGAAAAGGAGGCAAAACUGAACAAAAAAUAAAGGCUUUUUAUUUGGA